CGAGGGUUUACCAACUGAGCUGUGCCUGUGGUUUGCAUUGGGAACCGUACGUUGUUCAGAUAUCAUCUUUGAAAUCAAGGAAAAUGAGGUGACAUCUUUUACAUUUUAGAUCUGGCAUAAUGACAUAGACUAUGGAGAAACCAAAGGCAACUAUCGGCCCUUUCAGGGCUACGAAAUUAUGGAAUUCCAUUGUGAGCGACUUCCGAGCCGGCAUCCCCCUCAAAAGGCAUCGAUGGCGGAUGCGUUACUAUGACAACUGCUUCACCUCGACCGAGGCUGCUGAUUGGCUUCAUGAUUACCUUUGUAACAGUGAGAACUUUGGUCCCUGGGUGAUGAGAACACAGGUCAUUCUUCUCCUUGACAAGUUUGUGCAAAGUAAAAUUAUUGAAGAGGUGAAAGCCUCGAAAGGAGAUGGAACCGAGAAAGCAUCGUUUGAAGACAAUGGACACCUAUACAAAUUCUUGCCAGUAUCCCCCAUGAAGAAGCUGCGUUCAGCCCUUGCAAGUCGCAGCAGCAUCCAGAGUCUGAGCCCCAGUCCAAAGCCAAGAAAAACGGUACCCAGGACUGGCGGAGCAACCACUGCCGCCAAUCCUGCACCUCGAAGACUCACUAUGAGAGAUACAAACAUUGAUCCAAAUGCUAGGCCGAGUGGUAGGCCGAAUGGUCAAGGCUGGGCAGAAGGACAUUCCACGAGGCCUUUAGCCUUGAGAGACACUAAAGUGAACGUCCAGAUUCAUAAUGAGAAUGUGAACAGGGUCAAGGAGGUUCCUAGGUGUACGUUAGUUGCGCGACCUUUGACCCGAGAGCAAGUAGAAGAGGUUUGGAAAAGUGCAACGCUGAAUAGGCUUCAGAGAUUACUCUGGUUAUCAACACUAGAUGGUUUACUGGAUGACUCGGUCAUCAUCCCCUCAGAUAUCAUUCACAACUGCACCCACAUCAAUAAGAAUGGAGUAGUCCAACUCAUCAACAAAGAGAAUGAUCUACCGCAUUGGGUGCUAUCCGCGAUGAGAUGCCUUGCUAACUGGCCCAACAAAAUUGACUCUGAGCUUCCGAGUUAUCCUGGUUUUGAGCGAGAUGUCUUCAAGACCAUUAGUAAUUACUUCCAGAGCCUCCCUGAGCCUCUCAUUACAUACAGCAGAUACGACCUGGUGGCUGAAGCUUUUGUCAGUAUGGAAUGCAGGGAUCGGGGCAUUAUUCCUGGGCAAGAGGGCGUCACUGUCUUUACAGGUGUCCACGGAGGGCUCACUUCGUUUCAGUCCGUGGAGACGCUCAUGUUGAACAUGACCAUGGGAGGGCAGCAUUCGUCGACCAACACGCCGAACAUGGAGAGAAAGAAUCCGCAGGCAAGGAAGAGCCGCGCCGUCCGACGUAGCACCAGCUUUGGACUUGUAGAUGGAAUGCUACGGAAUGAGACGCCGCAUCUUCCGCCCAAGCAGAACAAGAGACCCAGGACGGGGUUGAACAAACAGUUCGGUAGCGUUGAUGUUAUUGGAAGUACAUGCAAUAAUGAUAUGCCUCAAGGUAAUUUGAAUUAUCACCAUGGUCGGGCUGCGAGGUCGAAUCCGCAGAGGGUUAGUAACAAGGAUGAUGACUAUGGCUUUGCCAACAUGCCACCCGCUCCACCUCCUAGACACCUAGUAGCAGAGGUGAGUUCAGUCAGCGAUCAGUCUCAAUACGACAAGACACAGUCCAUCUCACCAGACCUUGUACCCAGGAAGUGCAGCUCCCUGACCAACAUCCAAGAUGCUGGGAAGCGUGGGAUCGCCACCCGAUCAAGAACGGGAGGACUCUUUGCCUCCAAGAGGUUCGGCUCCGCCACCGAGCUAUUCAAUAAACUGGUCAAGAAGAAAUCGCCCUCUCAGGCUGGGCUCAACGACGAGGUUAAUCGUCCAACGGAGAAACCGGCCAAGAUGAGCAAAGAAAAUGUGAUGAGCAGUCAUCAGAUCAUCUCUCCUGGCAUAGCCCCGCCUCCUUCGUACCCCGUCUACACAUCGUCCCCAAUCGAGCCGGUAACUACCCAAGGCUUCCACUACAGCACCCAGAAUAUUACCUCGGACACCCAACACCACCCAAACCGCAUCAGUCCUCCAUACCCUGCCCCACUCAGAGCAACUCUAUCCUACUCAGAGAUACCCACCCAUCAAAGUUUGAUGACCCUGCCUACCCAAAGUUCGAUCACCCCUAUCAUGGGGUCAAUGCACUCUCGUAGGAGUACUUCUGACAUUCCAACUUCGACCCCUUAUGAGAAUUUAGAGCCGACAUCUCAUAAAAUCCUCCAGCGACAUGGAAGUGUUGCGAGCAUCUCAAGCCUUUACCUGAGCGAAGACAAGUCUUACUGCCAGGAAGCCCUCAGACUGUGCCUUCUCCUGCUUCCUGCGGCCCAACGGAGGGCGCUACACCUCCUACUGAGGCUCAUGAGCAAGAUGGAGCACAACAAGGAACUGUCGCUGUGCACCAGCAUGUCUACCAGGGAGCUUCUACUGGAGACGUUCACCCGCUCUAUCCUUUGCUGCGUGGAGGAGGUUGAUCUUGAUGAGUGUCUGGCAAAGAAGAUUGUUGCUUAUCUCCUUGACAACCACACAACACUCUUCAACAUCCCUCAAGAAUUGAGAACAGACAUCGAAGAGAGACUCACCUACCUCAAACGAAGUCAGAUCAAGUACGAGGCCGAUGUUGAGAACAUCCAACCGACUGGUUUCUGUGCCCAGGUUUCCUUGGAGGAGUAUGAGAAACAGAAGACAGCCAGCUCCCAGCAGGCUAUUGAAGAUCUACUCGAUAACAUCAUCACAGAUAGACAAAUGUCGGCGAAAGACAAGAAGAAGAAACUCAAACUGUUCCAGAAGGCGUAUCCUGACAUCUACCACCGUCGUCUACCAACCAGUGCAAGUGAGGCAGAACUCUUCCCCGCCAAGCCCAAGAUCAAACAACCCAUGCUUAACGUCAAGAGGUCUCUCUCAAGACUCAAACCAAUCCGAUAAUUUUCAACGUGAAUAUAGUAUGCUUCCCAUUUUGUUUAUCGUCCAAUGCAGCUUGUACCAGGCAGGUGUUUCAUAAAGCUAUUUGUAAGUUAUGAGCGACUUUACAAAAAAUGAUGCUCAUUUCUUGAGGUAAACUAGUGUGAGCACCAAUUUUCAUUGAUGUUAAUUUAAUAGCUCUUAAGAAAGGAUCAUCAGUCGUUUGUAAAGUUUUUGUAAAGUCACUCGUAACUUACAUGUACAAACAGACUUAUGAAACACAAAACCUGGAAGUGUUUCAUAAAAGCUGUUCGUAAGUUAAGAGCAACUUUAAGAACGACUGGUAAUCCUUUCUUUUGGUAAAUGGUAUAUUCGUUG